ACUUACAGUGGGGAGUCCGUAUUGAAUAGUUCAGGUCAAAGUGAAAGUAAAAGACUAAUCAAAUCAAAGUUUUGAUUGAAUAAUUCUCCUAAACCGUUAAAGUGUUACAUAAAAAAUAGAGACAAUUUAUAGCGGAUUUCCAAAUAGUUUUAUUGUCGCAGAGUAGCUACGAAAAAUAGUUAUAAAUUAAAGUAAAACCACGUACCUGUUUCAAAUUUCAAAAACGUUACAACAAAAAAUAUAAAUUACAAAUAAAUUAAUAUUAAAUAAAAUAAAAAUAAAUCGCCACGCCUCGUAUUAAACGGACAGCCUAACUACAAAUUUUGAAAAAAUUACAAAUCUAAAUCUACGAAAUGCCAAGAGCAGUUAUUUAAUACGCAUGAAAUACGAAAAAGUGUGAAAGAUAAAAAUGUGGUUUGCAGUGUUUCGGAAAUGCGAAAUAGGGAGCAUGCGAACAACACAAGUUAUAUAAUUAUUACAGUGCCGCUUAUGCUGCAGCUUUUGUUACCACACGAAAUGUACGUUCAGUGCUCGAACUGUAACUGUAACUGCAACUGCUUUACUACUUUUGGCAAAACACUUAAAUACUAAAUGUAAACGAAUAAGCAACUACAACAACAACGAAAACUUCUUAUAUCACACUACACCCAGGAGGCGCCUAAGGACUACGGCACGCAGCACGGUUAAAAAGUGAAAGUGCAAAGUUGAAUGAAAUCAGGUGCAUCAGCGACACCACCACCAACCGAUCAGCCACUUACCCACCACCACACUACCAACGAGCGUGUGGAGCUACAUGAGGUGAACUCCUGCCUCGACGCUCGUACAAAAUAAACGGACUUCAAAAUGUGCAUUAACAUUUGUAUUUGUUUCCGCAUGUUUUGUGUUAAAACCGUAAAACUUUCGACAACGCAAUUUGAACAGUAAACGAGUGGAAAACUGUUGUGAAAGGUAUGGUGAGAGACAACUGCAUGGGCAGUGUGAGCAGUGUCCCGCUUACCGAACGUUCACGCUGAGCAUCUUGUGGAGAUAAAAUGCACGUUAAACAUACUCAGCGCAGAGUUAGUGGACCUGGAGCAUUUGGAACAUCCAAUAAUCAAUGCGAUAGCAGAGAAAACUUGAACAGCGAUCAACAACAGCAGCAGACCCCGUAUCAACAACAUCAGCAGCGUCUGUAUCAGCAACAGCAGCAGCAGCAGCAUCGACAGCAACAACAUUCACAUCCGCAUUUAUUGCGACAGUCUCUGAUCAACCUUACGAGCGCGCACAACAUCUCCAAUAAUAUCGGUGUUUCGAACGUAUCCGAGCAGAGCACUUCAAGCAACAGAAACGGUGCGGUCGCGCCAUCGUCGUCGUCCCUUAACCACCCCAACACCAACACCAGCACCAACGCUAACGCUAACAGCAAUACCAAUACCAAUAUCAGUAGCAAGACCACCAAGCCAAACACAAACACAAGCCCAUUACACAAAUUCAUCUCCUGCAGUUGUGAAUCACUGAAAUGUGCCGCAUCAGCUGUUGCGGCCAAGACAUCGAAGAAGCGUACGGGUCACAGUCCUGGUGAUCCCGACAGCGAAUCAUUGAUCGACAGCCACAACGCCGAUUAUACUGAUUACAACGUUGUUUACUUGAGUACCGGCCGCAGCGGACACAGUGCGGGCUGUAUCAGCAGCAGCAUUAGUGGUGGGGGUGGUGAUGAUCAGCGUUCUUUGCAGAGCGAGUAUCUGUCAAGUCGUAUUAGCGGCGUUUCUAAGCAGCAUUCGUACGACAGCAGUUGUAGCGGGCAGCUGCAAGGUCUGACCUUAACCGCUAGGGAUCGUCACAGUGAUACUGAACAACAGCACCAACAACAACAUUUGGACUGUAUUGCCAAUUCGACGCGUGUGCCAAACAGUCCCAUCAGUUGCACCAACAGUAACUACAGCAAUCAAAGUAAUCUCAGUGCAGGCACAGGAGCGGGAGCCGGAGACGGAGGAGGUGUAAGUGGUGGUGGUGGAGGCGACGUUGUCGGGGAAGGUGACGGUAGUCCGUCUACCAUUUGUGACGCAUAUAAGAAUUACCCGCAUUACGCGACCACCAAUAGUAAUAGCACAAGUUAUGGCAACGAUUUCAAUGACGACUUCAAGCAUAUAGUCGUCCAGAAUUUCAGCAAUUCCGAUCCAAUAAGACGUUAUAACACCCUAAGCGGUGAAAGUGGCAGCGGCGGCGACGGUGCCGCCAGCAUCAACGACACAUCAGACACUCACUGUUCACCCCUGAAGCCACAUUACAGCGAUUGUAAUAUAUAUGCGAAGCAGCAAGCUGAAUAUUUUUCGAAUUUAAAGAGUGAUUUUGAUCAGCACCCGCAGCACGGCGAUAAACAGCAGUUAGUAAAUAAGACAUAUAUCUUCAAAUGUCUCGCUAAUAGCCCUUCAUUCCUCAGAUCCAAUAAGAUCAAGGAACAAUCGAAGAAGCUACGCAAUUUGUCGCUGAAGAAUCGUACGGCUAAAAAGAAAGGGCAAAUUAUAAGCAAAUCGAAUGCGGUUUCUGAUAAUUCCCUUCAUCCAGGAGAUAAAUACCUCAAUUUAUAUCUAGUCGAGAAGAAAAAUUCCCAACAACACUUGCAGCAAUAUCAAUAUCAACAUCAACCGCAGCAGCAGCAACAACAACAACAACAACAACCGCAACCAGGGCAAUUUGAAACGACUGGCAGUGGAACGGAUUCACGGCCGAUCGCAGUGAGUCGACAGCCACAACAGCAACCGCCAGAGCAACAGCCCGUAGUUGCAGCGCUUAGUAGAAAUCUGCAACAGCAACAGUGCCUCGUUAACGGUUCGGUGCGUACGCAUCCCACAUAUCGACAGCAGUCUUCAAUUAAGCGCGCUUCGAAAGAUUAUAGCGCCACACUCACGCCAACACCAUCGACGCACAGGAAUCAAAAAGUCGCCGCUAACAACCAUAAAAGCUGCAAUCUGAACAGCAACGGCAACAAGCUAAGUGUUAGCACGAAUUCGUGCAACAAACUGCACGUGGCCGCUGCGGGUACCCAUCCCUAUGCCACAUCGCCCAAAAGUUCGCUAUCGAGUAAUGGACAUUUGAACAAAUAUUGCCUGACGGACAUAAGUCGGCGACGGAAGGCGGCGUUUAAUCGACAACUAAGCGCCCCAACUGAUUAUACGCAUUCUUCCACUAACGGUAACGGGCACAGCGGCUCACAUUCAGCCAACGAGGGCGCUUGCGAGUCGACAUCGACCGUAGCCAGUGCAGGCGUGGGCUCGGCGACGGCCAAGACGUCCGUAUCGCUGCAGAAUUCCGUUCUAAUAAAACCAACAUCCACGUCCAAUUCGUGCACGAACAGUUUCAAUCGGCGGCACAUUAAGCGCCAGAAGAAUAACAAAUUGAAUGAGAGAUUAAUUCAUGGAGACAGUGAGGAAUCUGUACGCUGUUCAUAUUGCUCCGUUUUGAAUGAGAACGAUUUACGUAUAUCUUUCGAAAAUACCUGCACCGAUUCUCUAGUAACAGCAUUCGAUGAUGAGGCUUUAUUAAUAUGCGACCAAGGAAACGAAAUGGCAAGAACAAAGGUUCAUUUUGAUGACGUGUCGUUAUACGGGACUCCGAAAGAGGAGCCAAUGCCUUCCAUCCCCGUCGUUUCGGAAAAAGUUUCUGCGAAUUUCCUAAAAAGUCAAUUGCAAUCAUGGUUUCAACCGACAGACAAUCGGUUGGCUAUGAAACUAUUCGGCAGCCGGAAAGCGCUAGUCAAAGAAAGAAUUCGCCAAAAGACUUCCGGACACUGGGUUAUUCAUCCUUGUAGUUCAUUCAGAUUUUAUUGGGACCUUUGUAUGCUUUUAUUAUUAGUAGCAAAUCUUAUAAUCCUGCCAGUCGCAAUAUCAUUCUUUAACGAUGAUCUGAGCACAAGAUGGAUUGCCUUCAACUGCCUAAGUGAUACAAUUUUUUUAAUAGAUAUUGUAGUCAAUUUUAGAACAGGUAUAAUGCAGCAAGACAAUGCAGAACAGGUUAUACUGGACCCUAAGCUUAUAGCCAAGCAUUAUUUAAAAACAUGGUUUUUUCUGGAUCUAAUCUCUUCGAUCCCACUUGACUACAUUUUUCUGAUUUUCAAUCAAGAUUUCUCCGAUUCCUUUCAAAUACUUCAUGCCGGACGUGCGCUACGUAUUCUACGUCUAGCUAAGUUACUUUCUCUGGUUCGAUUGCUGCGUCUAUCAAGGCUUGUCCGAUAUGUCUCGCAAUGGGAGGAGGUAUAUAUUCUGCAGAAUCUGCAAAAAAAAAGUGCUGAUCGAAGAGGGAGAAUGCAUAGAAAAGACAAAGAUGGCUUGACUAAAAGCAACCUCAUUUUGAAGUUCCUUAAUAUGGCAUCAGUCUUUAUGAGGAUCUUCAAUCUGAUCUGCAUGAUGCUACUUAUCGGCCAUUGGAGCGGCUGUUUGCAAUUUUUAGUGCCAAUGCUACAAGGUUUUCCAUCGAACUCAUGGGUAUCAAUUAACGAAUUGCAGGAGUCAUAUUGGCUAGAGCAGUAUUCGUGGGCUUUAUUUAAGGCGAUGUCGCAUAUGCUGUGCAUAGGCUAUGGCAGAUUCCCACCGCAGUCAUUGACUGAUAUGUGGCUGACAAUGCUCUCGAUGAUAUCAGGUGCAACUUGUUAUGCGCUCUUCUUAGGUCAUGCGACCAAUUUGAUACAGAGCUUGGAUUCGAGCAGGCGGCAAUAUCGCGAAAAGGUAAAACAGGUGGAGGAAUACAUGGCCUAUCGGAAGCUACCACGUGAUAUGCGCCAAAGAAUUACCGAGUACUUCGAGCAUCGAUAUCAAGGAAAAUUUUUCGACGAAGAAUGUAUACUUGGGGAACUAAGUGAAAAGCUGCGAGAGGAUGUAAUCAAUUACAACUGUAGAUCCCUCGUUGCGUCUGUGCCUUUUUUUGCAAAUGCUGAUUCAAACUUUGUUUCUGAUGUUGUAACGAAACUGAAAUAUGAAGUUUUUCAACCCGGUGAUAUUAUUAUAAAGGAAGGUACGAUUGGCACAAAAAUGUAUUUCAUUCAGGAAGGCGUUGUUGAUAUUGUUAUGGCGAACGGAGAGGUUGCGACUUCACUUUCCGAUGGCUCAUAUUUCGGUGAAAUCUGCCUACUGACGAACGCAAGGAGAGUGGCCAGUGUACGCGCGGAAACGUAUUGCAAUUUAUUUUCUUUAAGUGUGGAUCACUUCAAUUGUGUUUUGGAUCAAUAUCCAUUGAUGCGCAAAACUAUGGAAACAGUUGCUGCAGAGCGCUUAAACAAAAUCGGAAAAAAUCCAAAUAUUAUGCAACAAAAAGAUGAGCAAAUUAGUAAUCCGGAAUCAAAUACUAUAACCGCAGUGGUGAAUGCGCUAGCUGCGGAGGCAGACGACUGCAAGGACGACGAUAUUGAUAUCAAGGAGAAUUUGCUUCAUGGAUCGGAGUCUAGUUUCACGGGGCCAGUACAAACGAUACGAGAAGGGUUGCCGAGACCCAGAAGCGGCGAGUUUCGCGCUCUCUUUGAAGGAAAUACCCCAUGACACUGAAGCCUGGAGCGAAUUGGUGCAUAGCAAGAACAAAUAAUGCAAUAACAACAAUUGCAUUUGCAAUACCGAGGGCGAAUACGGCGAGCAACAAUAUGAUAGAGCAUCGGAGGGAUGUACAUACAUACACACAACCAUAUUACGUGAAUGAUCACACAACAACAACAAAGAGAAACACUUGAACAUAUUGUUAAUGUGUACUCAUACUCGUUAUGAUGCAACUAAUGUCCUCAGCAAUUAAUCAUAAUUUCAGCUCCGCUAACUGUGAUGACUUUAAUAAUAAGAAUCGAAAUUUGAAAACUGGUGAACUAACUCUACUACAUACAUACAAAGCUCAUACAUACACGCAUGAAAUUAACUUAAUACAUACAUACAUAUAAUGAAUCGACAAAACCCAUGAUAAUUAAAAUUAAAUAAAAUGUAGUAAAUUAAUGAAAACCAAAUAUAUAUAUAAAUAUGUAUAUCUAUAGAAUACAAAUAACUCGCUAGUGUACAGGUUAUUUAAGAAAAACCAAACAAACGACGACGAUGGCGACUCGAAGAGACUUCAAACUACACUAUAGAAUUAUAAAUAAAUUUGAAAAAAAAAAAUAAAUAAAAUUAAAAUAAAUUAGAAUCAUAAACCAAAAAGGCAUUAAACAACCCUACCUACCACACCAUGCAAACAAAGCAAGUUGCAUGUGUAGACACGCUGCAUUACAAUUAUUAUUACUGUUAAAGCCGUAACAAAACUUAUAAGUUACAUUAAUUUACACAAGGACAUUGAAAUAUAUAGUAGAUAAAACGCAGCCUGAGCAAGGAAACAAAAAGACCCAAAAAAGCAAGGAAAAUAUACAUACAUAUAAAUAGAAUUAAAAAUAGUGUGAUCAACUAGUGACAUACAAACAUACCAAAAACAAUACAUCCUACCUAUAUGCAUUCAGGCAAUAAAAGAAACCAACCAACCCAAAACUAAAAAAAAAAACAACUACCAUGCAUCCAUGCAUACACGAAUGCAUACCAAUACAUAUACACUACCUGAAGCAAAUAAAUAAUUAUAAUAAAAAUGAAAACGAAAAAAAAUCGCAUUCAUUCAAAUUAAAACAGUACAUUGAAUGUAGAGAAAUGUUGUCUUUUUAUAGCAAGCUGUUAUAUUUUUUUAGUUAAAUCGUAAUAUUGCAAGUUGUAUUUGUUUAAACUAAGAUCAGAGCGAAGUACUCACAACAACUAAACUCAAAGAAAUUAAGGACAAAUGUUGGGCAUAUGAAAGCACAAAGAGACAAAUUAAUGAGUAUCUUAGUAUUUUAUUACACGUAAACUAAUAAAACCAGAAGGACAACGUUUGCCUUGAAACGAA